AUGUCUGGGAAUUGGAUAUAUGGAGGUCCUCUUUGUGCUGCGGCCGCUAUCAACCAGGAGGGUGGAAUGUACGGCACUGCUCUUUCAUGUGCAGUGGGAGAGCGAAGGCUUGAGAUGGUCGAGUUCCUGAUCUCAAAAGGUGCUACAGUCAAUAUGCCGCUUCCAGGGAGCUAUGGAAGCGCUCUUAAUCACGCCGUCUAUGCCAAUCAACUCGAUAUUGCUGAGAUGUUGAUUGACCACGUGGGCUCUUCGGGAGCGCCCUUGCGGCUGCAGCCUGGGGUGGUAGAGUGCAGAUUGUCGAGUACCUGGUCGGCAAGGGAGCGACAGUCAAUAGGAGUUUGUCGGGACUUUUUGGAAGCGCCCCUGGCAGCUGCAGCCUCUGGCAGAAAACUGGAGGUCGCGCGACUUUUGAUCGAGCUGGGAGCAACGGUGGAUCUUCCGCUUGAGGCUGGUUCGCUAGGUAGUGCGCUUGCGGCCGCAGCUGCCGGCGCUGAUGUGCAGAUCCUGAAGUACUUUGUGAACAAGGGGUGCCAGUGUCAACCGGGCCUUUGUCACUGGCCGACAUAG